CCGUGCAUACAUAUCGUCGUGAUUUAAUCUGGACGGAUCCGUUUUAUUUCCACGUCAUUUGCGGCCGCCGAAAAAGACGCGUUUUCAGCGCGAAACCGAAAUCCGUAUAUCGAACUCUCGGUGGUCCGGUGUAUUUUCGAAUUGCGAAUUAAUCCGUUUCGAGUUGUGGUGCGUUCGUUGGCAACAUUUCGAUUCGCCGGUUGAAACGGUUUCGCAGUAGAAUAAUUCAAAUCAAAAAAGACGGCGGCCUCCGGUUGGUCCGCGUAUCGAUCUAAACGCGAAUUAAUCGGAUUGUGUGUACCUCGCGAAACGACGUAUGCACGGAGUGUUGCCUACCCGAUAAUUUAUGGUGGCUAAAAUUAUGGGGACUGCUAAUGAUCUCUCCAGAACGGUACGUCGGGGGUAUUCCAGUAGAACGUGAGAUUUUCGGCACAGGAAGGGGGCCGUCGGGUUAGGCAAAUCAUGUCCCGCAAUCAGCUAACGGAAGGCACAGAUACCACGUCCACGAUGUCCACAGUCCACGAAAUGGUGAGCGCAGGCCCAAGGAUCCGUACCGACGUGCAUCACGAAAACAACCAACUCAAUCGAUAGUUACAGAAAGGCCAAGCCUAUGGAUAGUGCCAGUUUCAAUGUAUCGUAUAUUUCGAACUUAACAAGUCAGAAUGAGGCAGAAGACAUCGACGUGUUGCCAACGUUUAUACUUUUCGUCAAGGCAACAAUCAUGGGAAGCAUCAUAAUCGCAUCGAUCUUCGGUAACCUUCUCGUGAUAGUGUCAGUCAUGCGCCACAGGAAGCUCAGAAUCAUUACCAAUUACUUCGUUAUAUCUUUAGCCUUAGCCGAUAUGUUAGUCGCCAUGUUCGCCAUGAGUUUCAAUGCCAGUGUGGAAAUUUUCGGAAAAUGGUUGUUUUCUCCUAGGAUGUGCGACGUGUGGAACUCUCUGGACGUUUACUUUUCCACAGUUUCCAUCCUCCAUUUGUGCGACAUAAGCGUAGACAGAUUCUACGCGAUAUGUAAACCGUUGAAGUAUACCCUUCACAUGACUAAGAAAGUCGUUGCUCUUAUGUUGCUGAACACGUGGGUAAGUCCGGCCUUUUUAAGUUUUCUUCCCAUAUUCAUGGGUUGGUAUACCACAGACGACCAUCUGAAAUUUCGCGAGGAUAACCCGGAGAAGUGUAUAUUCGUAGUUAACAAACCGUACGCCGUUAUCAGCAGUAGCAUAUCGUUCUGGAUACCCUGCACCAUAAUGAUAAUAAUGUACUUUUUAAUAUUCCUCGAAGCUAACAAACAAGAACGGGAGUUGCACACCAGACACGGUGCCGCUCUCCUUUUGCACGCGAGCAAUACGAACGGGGACGUGAUGUCCAAUUCGGGAGGCUCGUCUAAAGCUUUAACGUUGAACGAAAUCAACCAAGAUGCGCACCACACCCCGACGAGAGAAAGAAGUCUGAGCAGAAUGAAAAGGGAGCACAAGGCCGCUAAAACUCUGGGCAUCAUCAUGGGAGUCUUCAUGCUGUGCUGGCUUCCGUUUUUUCUCUGGUACGACAGCGUAUCUCUGUGCAGCACCUGCAAAUGCCCCCCCAUUGUAGUCGCCAUUUUGUUCUGGAUCGGCUACUUCAAUUCCACCCUGAACCCGAUCAUUUACGCGUAUUUCAAUCGGGAUUUUCGAGAGGCCUUCAAGAACACGCUGCAAUGCGCGUUUUGCUGCUUGUGCCAGAGACCGCCCUCAGAUCUAAACUACAUCGACAACAGGAGACCAUCGAUACGACAUGAAGACAGAUCGCGCGGAACCUACUCGGAAACUUACCUGAAGCACGUGGAUAGAAGGGGAUCGGAGUUUGGAUCCACACUUUGAUCGCAGUUGACCAGUAGCAGGUUGACUACGACCAGUUUUUAAAUCUUACUAUGGCCCGAAUGACCGUAAUUUACGCCAAAAGUAUUUUACUGCAGGAAAAAUUACUAGAAAACAUUUUAAUUGUUUAAAACAAAUAACAAAAGCAAUAUAGAUUUAAAAGUUCACUUCGUAUGGCAACCCUAAAGUUUUUAUCUUCCAGAUUAGCAAGGUUUAAGCUAGGUUCAUUUUUAGGUUUAUCCAUGUCUUUAGGAGCUAAAUCUAGAUAAGUUUCUAAGAUCUGAGGAAUCUACAAAAUACUUCUUGUGAAUUUCUUACUCCGUUAAGUUUGGUUAGUCUUGUUUGUAAAGGUCAUUUUUCGAUUCAGCAGCAUCUUCACCAUAGUAACGGACAAUUUUCAAUUAUUUGCUUGGCAUGCGCCAAAACUUUAUGGAUGGGAAACCAAGGAUUCAAACUUACCAAUAAUGUUCGAGAUUAAAAGCAAUGCGUUUCAAAUUUUUAUAGAUCAAGAUUUUAUGAAAUUUCCUUAGUUUAUGUGCAAUUUUUUUCCCACAAGUUUGUUAUGAUCUGCUUUAAUUUCAAUUCUGUAGCCGAUACGGAGCACACAUUCAAAAAAUGAUAUCCGGCAGCGUAAUGCACUAAUUUGAUAACGAGCCUUUAACCUUCAUAAAUAAAGCUUCAUAUGGUACAAGCUUGAUAUGAUUUAGUAUUUGCAACGAUAUUUAAAAUUCUGCCAGUGAUCACUGUUAAGCACAUUUUGAAAAUUUUUCUUGAUUUAGCACAUCUGUCGGUGGAACCGAGGCAAUUAUUUCAGGUUUUUUUUUUGCUGGCAAAAUGUUUUCAUAACUUGGCAAUUCGUCUCCUCGCCUCCAAUUCUGAUGUUUAUGUACUGAGUUUUUCCAAAAUUAUCUUCUAAUAAGAAAGCGUUUCAUUUGUUUCGGUCUGCUAGGGCUCAUUGCAAUUUCCUUCAGAACCUUAGAAAGGUCUUUUUGACCACUAAAUUUGGGAUUUGUUGGUGCUUUAUAAAAAGCUUGAAGGCGUCCCUUUGCUUGUGACCUUAACCUUGUUUUUUUUAAAUGAUUUUGAUUUUAGCUCACUUGUGAGUCAAAUGUCUUGUACCGCACUUGCUGCGUAAUAUACUAUUCUUCAACUGUUUCUUAAAGAAAACUCCUCCAAACCAGAGAAAAUAGUAAAUUAUGCAACAAGUGGGGUAAACGAUAUUUGAGUCAUUAGUUUAUUUGGUACUAACGAAACGAGUGACCUAAAAAAGUUGUUACAUACUAUACUUUUUACAGUCGUUAGUUUUUGGGUAUAUUUUUGCAAAAUGACACGAAUACAUUCACUGAGGUAACGUCAGAAUCGACAAACGUCAAAAUUGAAGCCGAAGUGCCUCGGAUCCGUGGGUCAGGAAGCUCACGUGGUGAAGUGACGCUUCUCGCACACUAGAUUAGGGUAUAAUUGGGUAUUUUGUAGAAGAGAGUAACAAAAAUGUUUUAUUUAAUUCAUUGAAUUGAAUCGAAACCUUUGGCGCAAAUUACGAUCAUUCAAACCAUUAAUGUACCAGAGUUGGAAUAUUUUCGCUUGUUUUCCCAAACAUCUGAACACACGCGAAUUUUCCAACACGGUUUUCAUCCAAUGCCAAAUAUUUUUUUAAAAUGGUGCUGUUUUCUAUUUCCUAUUAGCUUAUAAAUUUUUGCGACAUUUACAAAAGUAACGUGACGUGUUUUAGCUUGACGUGAGUGUAAAUAGACGUUUCGCUUUGUAAAAUUGCUAGUCCUUAGAGCAAUAGUUAGUGUACUAGGAACACCCCCCGCAAUAACGGCGACGUUGGAUUGCUGCAUAGAAAAUAAAGUUAAAUUAUUUAUUUCA